AUGGAUGUCAUCGGAUCGUUCGCCGCCGUCACGCAGCUCGCCGGCCAGCUGGUCAACCUCGCACAGCAGAUCUUCCGCGCGCGAGAGACGAUCCGCCGAGCACCCAAAGCCAUUGAAGACCUCGACUCGCAACUAUGGAGAUUAUUUAAUACUUCGAAGCAAGUUGCGGACGAACCGGCGCUGCAGAUCAAGACAAUACAUGAGGCAUUAGAAGACAUCUACGACAUUGCUCUAGAGCUUCAGGCGAACGUUGAGAGAAUGAGAAAACAGCAGUCAAAGAAUCGAGCGUUCCAGCUCCUACACGCGCUUGUCUUAGGGCAGCGAGAUGAAUCUGUUCUCACAGAUAUCGUCGGCCGCCUCCGAGACGCUCAAGAUACCCUCGGCCACCGCAUCAACGUGGCGCAUGUCGGGACCACGGCGGGCAUGGUCGAGGUGGUCAACAGGAUCGAGGCGGGAGUCGUGAGCAUACGGAGAGACGUCCAUGGAAAGGUCGACCAACCGCAACUCGAUAUCAGCAACAACAUGGUCGGCGCAGCCACGCAAGAGAACUCCAUCGACGUGUGGGAAGGCGUGAGCCUGUCUAGGGGGGUGAUCAAGGAUAAUCAAGCGUGGAACGGCAGCUGGCAGAGGAACGCCAUUUCCAUUGGAAGCAACGCAAUAAAAUGCACGGGUUGA